AAACACUUUCUCUCUCUCUCUGAUUCGAUCUUCUUCUUCUUCAUCAUCAACUUCCGCUCAAUGCUUUCUCUCUCUUCCCGCUGAUUCUGCGAUCCCAUUCGUCAGAUUAAUGAUCACGCAUCCUUCAUUCUUUAGCCGUUCCUUUUUUUUUUUCUUUCGUAAUUGUUGGAUCUAUUUUAGAUUCUUUUAUCAAAUCGAUUGCUCUUCUCUGCUAUUUUAACAGCUCAAUCCUCUUUCCUUAAUCUUCUGUUUUCGAUCAGCUUUAGAGUAUUUUACUACUAUAGUUCACUUGGUUUUCGCGAAAGGAUAGGAGAUGGAGAUCAGCUGCGGAGCUCUUGGUGACGUGGAUCGAUUACGGGAAGACGAUCUCUUCAAAACGGUGUCGUUUUCAGGGUACCAGACGAUUGUAAGCUGGGCUUGGGAUGGUGGUGAUAGCAGCAACGCUUUGUUCAGUGAUCUGUUGAGCUUCGGCGAAGAGAUCAACGCGCUUGCUGCUAGCUUGCCUGAGGAUCCCUUCUCUAUGAAUAUUAGAUCCACUUUGAACUCCUUGGGUGAAGAAGCAGCCACAUUGCCUAACGAUCCCUUUUGUAUGACCUUGAAGGAUCAUAAAGUAUCGGUUCUUGAUGGUGGUGGUGGUGAGGAGCCUCACUCCGCGUUUGAUCUAGUCCUUCCGUAUCUAGAGAUGAGAGACGCUUUUGCGGUUGAGUCAGUUUGCAGGUCGUUGCGUGAUUCGGUUAGAAAAGAGUCUUGUUUCUGGAGGACAGUCGACCUCAGUGACGACUCCCUUCUCAAGUACAGAGUAACUGAUGAUUCCCUUCUGAAGCUAACGCGCCGCGCUCAAGGUCGUCUCCGGUGUUUGAAUCUGGGAGGUUGUGUUGGUAUCACAGAUGAUGGUUUGAUGCAAGUGCUAGCAAGCAAUCCGCGUCUCUCAAAGCUGAGUGUAUCAGGUUGUCAUAGGCUAAGCACAGUAGGAUUGUUAUCCACUUUAAGGGACUUGAGAUCCUCAAACCAACUUGGAGUCAAAAGCCUUGUCACUGGUGGGGCAUUAUAUUUCACGAGGGAGCAAUUUAAUGAGCUGAACUUAUUACUCGGAGCAGAUGGUGAAGCGGGUUCAAAAUCGAGGAGGCGGAGAUUGUAUACAUCGUGUAGAUCAGACUUCUCUUUAGAUGACGAUCGAGGUACUGACAUAGAGAUAUGCCCCUGGUGUGAGAAACCAAGUCUGGUAUUUGAUUGUGCGUCAGAGACAUGUCCGCUGAAGGACCAUCCUUGUCCUAAACAGUCGUGCAGAGCUUGCGUAGUCUGCAUUGAACGUUGCCACGACUGUGGGAGUUGCUUAAAUGAUUGUGAACACAAGCCGUUCUGUUUUGCAUUCAGCUGCGUGAUCUGCUAUAAGAAGAGGUCUAACCAGUUACAAGAGUUGCUUUGAAGUGAAAAAGAUUAAAGAAAUUAUCAACCAAAGUCUAACAUAUUAAGAGACUCAGAAGGGCUUUUUUUGUAUUCUUGUUGCGCACCGUAAGAGAUCUGAGCCAAACUUGAUUCUGCAACUCCCUUAAAAGGAGCAGACACAGGUAGAGAGAAGCAAAGACGAGAGCUUUGUUUGAGAGUGAAAGGGCCAGGAUCCAUAUGUGGAAUGUACAGGAGGAGAGAUAUAGACACCAUUUACAUGUUUUGUUUCUUUUCCUAGCUUCACAUCUUUGCCCCACUGGUAAUAAUAGUAUGUAUUAAUACCAUUAGCUAAAGCCUGAAGGUGAUGAUGAAUGUGGAACUAAGUUGUGAUCAAUAUUUCUGUUACCAAGUCUUAAAAGAUUAGAUUUAAA